AUUCAUCAUGCAUAACAAGGGAGGUUGUCCUUCAGAGCUAGAAUCCUCAGAGUUCUUUUCUCUUUCAGCAUCAUUAUUUCUGUCAAUUCAUGUAAAGCUUUGUUUACUAAAAUUAAGCAGGAUAUUUCCUUCUCUUGGAGUCUUAGACUGUAGUAUGCAGCCACCGAAAUGAGGCGCACAGCUGUGAUGUAUAUAGAAAUUGGUUGUUUUAUAUGUUGCAUUUGUGGAUGGAUGCUGAACUGUUCUACUCUCCCUACUGAGUACUGGAAUUUCUCUGAGGUAGGUGAUGCUGUACUCACUACGGUCAACUACUACUCCAACCUGUGGAUGGAUUGUGUUUCUGACACCACUGGUGUUUCUGACUGCAAGUACUAUCCUUCACUGAUGGCCCUUCCAGUUUUUUUGCAUAUCUGCCGUGCUCUGGCCAUUGUCUCUGUAAUUCUGGGAUUUUGGGGUGCUGUGCUCACCUUGAUUGGAAUGAAGUGCACCAAGAUUGGGGGUUCUGAAACUGUAAAUGCAAGAAUUACAUUAGCAGCAGCUUUAACCUUUAUGGCAUCAGGGCUGACUGGUAUGGCAUUGUAUUCCAUGUGGGGAAACAGAAUGCGGGCAGAAUUUGUGAAUGUAAACUAUAAGCCACAAAAAUAUGAACUUGGUGCAGCAUUAUUCAUAGGAUGGGGAGGUUCCAGUUUGCUUAUUUGUGGAAGUGCAGUUUUGUGUUAUUUCUCUGGGAGAGAGGGAUUUUCUUCAGGAUCAAAUGACUCACUAUUUCGGCCAGAUGCUUACACAAGAGCUCGAUCAAGAGGGACAUAUAUAACAGCCCGAACCAGAGGGACCUAUAUGUUGCCCUCCUACUCCAAGCCCACUACAGCUAUUAUGUCCCCCAUAUUCCAUUCACGCCAAGAGAGCAAGGGAAACAUAAAAACACAAAGGACAUACAGAGCCCAUAAGACACCUGCCUCCAUGCUGCUUAACAUGGAUUCAUAUGUGUGAAGGCUAUGCUUUGGAAAUAAGUUGCUUGAAGGUUUGAUGUAGUAACAGAAAUCUCAUGAAGAACAGAUAUGUAGCUAACCUAGCUAGAAUUAUUCUAUCUAACCUAGAAUAAAAUUUAUUAAUGAAAAAAGGUAUAAUAGCAUGCAUCAUUCUCUGAAAAGAAAAGGCCAGGUCAUGGAUAAAAGGUCAUGUUGCUCACAUACAUACAUAUAUUAUAUAUUAAUAGAGAGAAAAAAAGUCUUUUUGGCAUUAAAAAAAAUCAACAAUUUAAUAAUAGCUGUGUUUUAAUUGUACAAUUUAUGUCAGAUGUUUAAAUCUCUUUCUCCUAGGCUCAUUACUUUUAGUGACUCUUAGAAAAUCAAUUUUUUUUUCAUACUAUUAACUUAGUUUCUGUUAACACUUCUUGCUGCUAUUGAAAACUAAUAACUACAGUUACUGCAAUUAAAUAAAAAACUAUGAUCAUUUUAAUCAUAAUAAAGGAACAAUACAUUUACAGAGAAAAUCAGUCACAAGCUUUGCAAAGAAGAAACAUUUUUAUAUAUUAGUUCAUGCACGAUUGGUAAUAACAGGAAUAGCUGCACAUGAGGCUAGUGGAAUGGGACUGCCUAGGACCCAGAAAAAGCACAUGUUG